AUGGCCCCGCUCAGCCGCCUCUGCCUCUGCCUCGGGCUGCUGCUGCUGCCGCCGCCCGCGGCCCCGGCGCCGCUCCCGGCUCCCAGCACCGACUGGGCCGCCUGCAGGAACCUCUCUCGGGAGCUAUCGCGACAAGUCACGACCCUCAAGGAGCCGUAUCGUGAGACGAACCUGAGCGAGGAGGACCCCAAGAACUGGCCCCCCCGGAUCCGCUGCAGCGAUGCCUGUGACCCCCCGACGCUGGACACCAACAACACGCGCUGCCUGAGGCGGAUCCUCCACGGGCUGCAGCACUACCGGGACCUUUUGGGCUCCGACAUCUUCACCUCUCGCCGCUUGCCGCGGCUGGAAGCAACAUUGGACCAGCUCCUGAGCCUCGUCCAGCAGGAACACGGUCGCCCAUCCCACCAUCCAUUAGUCCCCACCUCAGCCUGGACCCAGCCGCUGCUGCAGCGCCUGGCUCUGCAGAGGCUCCAAUCCUUCACCGCCGUCAUGAGCCGCGUCUUCACCCACAGCGCCGGGCCCCGCUGA